AUGUCUUCGUUCGCAGAGCGCACCUCGCUGCCCACCCUCAACUCUGGCAAUGUGAUUGUCCAGGAGCCGCUCAAGGAGUCGCUUGACGUCGUCCGCCUCGUGGCACCCGUCCUCGGCGCCAACUAUCCCGCCGUCUCGCAGACCACCACAUCCGCCGACGCGUCGGAAGAUGAAGACGACAUGGAGACCGAAGACCUGGCCGACUUCCAGUUCACUGCCAUGCAGCGCUGCCCUUCGCUCACCGCAUCGCAGGACAGUCUCUCGCCUUCGCCCACUCCCUCGCCCAGCAAGCUCUCAUUCUUCGGCGCUGAUGCCACUUCCACUGCCGAAGCAGUCAUCAAGAGCGACAAGCCUGCGACGUAUGGCACGGUUCUCGUGGUCGGUGUCGGCUUUGUCGGCGCACACCUAAUGGAGCGCUUCUCGUCCGCAUACGAGGUAGUCGCAUUCGACGUGUCCGAGAACCGAUGCGAGUACCUGCGCAAGGCGCACUGCAACAAUCCCAACGUUACCUUCAUCUCGAACCUCGAUGCCGACGAGAGGACCAAGUCGUUUGACCUCUGCCUCGUUUCGGUGCCUACGCUGCUCACCGCCGACCUGAGCCAGGUGGACCAGACGCACAUCCGCUCGGCGUUCAACAUGGUGUCGCGCAUUGCUCAGCCUGGCUCAACCGUAGUCGUCGAGUCGUCCGUGACGGUGGGAAUGACGCGCGAGCUCUUCUCUCCGCUGCUCGCCAAGGGUGUUCACGUCGGCUUUAGCCCGGAGCGCGUUGAUCCCGGUCGCACGUUCCCCGCGUUCGAGGACAUCCCCAAGGUGGUUUCGGGACUGGACGAGCCGUCGCUCGAGCGCAUCACCAAGCUUUACUCGCGCGUGUUCAACACAGUGGUGCCCGUCUCGAAGCCCGAGGUGGCCGAGUUCACCAAGCUGUACGAAAACUGCCAGCGCCUCGUCAACAUCGCCUACGUCAACGAGAUCGCCGAUGCAUGCGCCAAGCACGGCGUCGACGUGCACGAGGUCGUCAAGGCUUCUGCCACCAAGCCUUUCGGAUUCAUGCCCUACACGCCCUCGCUCGGUGCAGGAGGCCACUGCAUCCCCGUCAACCCAUUCUAUCUCUUUGCCAACUGCGAUCUUCCCCUUCUCCGCUCGGCUGCGCUUGCCAACCAGCAGCGUCCCGUUGAAAAAGCGAUCGAAGUCGGUUCCGCCGCUUCUCAGAUCCACGCAACUUCCGCCAAGACCGGUAAGCCAUCGGUGGCGAUUGUCGGAAUGGGAUUCAAGCGCGGCGAGGCAAGUCUCGCCUACGCUCCCACCGUCACACUCGCAGACAAGCUCACCGAGCUCGGCGUAGACGUCAGCUACGUCGACGACUAUGUCACCUCCGAUCGAUGGGCCAAGGUGGACCCUGCCACCUUCCAAAACGCCGAGCUGUUCGACCAGACCUUCGACGCCGUGGUUGUGGCGCAGAAGCCGAUUGCCAGCGAACUUGCCGUGCUCGAAAAACUCUCGCGCGCCAGCAUCUUUUACUACACCAAGUAG